UCAAGCAACUGAUUUUUUUGUUGGCAAAACUUGGGAGCUGUAACAUCCCAUGGCGUUGAUGCAAUGCCUUGGCACCAGUAUAAUUGGUGCUAAGCCAAAUGGCAUGAUGGUGAGCUUUGCCAGAGGUGCACCAGCUUCAAGCUCCUGUCACUCUGGUCAAAAAGUUCCUCACCCACAACUGCAAUGGAAGGCGUGGUGUGGGGCAGCGGCGGGCACUGCAUGGCUAUGUGGGCGCGAGCGACGCGCUUUUGCGAGCCAUUCCCGUCCCUUUGCUGGUGCCAGAGCGCAUACAAGGCUCCGAGCAGUUGAAGGCACCAAACCAGAAGUGGCCUUUGUCAUUGGCGGUCCGGGAAGUGGAAAAGGCACCCAAUGCGAGCUGGCGGCAAAGGAAUUGGGUUUCCUUCAUUUGAGUGCCGGCGAACUCUUGCGCCAGGAAAGGAGUAGAGAAGGCUCGACCUUGGCAAAGGAGAUUGAGGAGGCAAUGACAGCGGCAAAGCCUGUGCCCAGCGAAGUGAUCGCCAAGCUACUAGAGCAGGCGAUGAGAGAAGCAGGCGCUUGGAAGGAUGGCCCUGCUGCACGUUUUGUGGUGGAUGGCUAUCCUCGCUCGGAGGAGCAGCUAAGGGGCUUUCAAGCCGAGCUCAGUAGCAAGGUGCAGUUGCUCUGCUGCAUCAGCCUUGAGGUGGAGCGAGAAGAGAUGCGACAGCGCCUCCUUGGUCGGGCAAAGAGCUCCGGUCGUGUGGAUGAUGAGGAGGAAGUCAUUGAGAAGCGGCUUAAUACGUUUCAAGCUGAUACUGAUCCACUUCUGGACUUUUUCAAAGCGGAGGGCCAGUUGCAGAAGGUCAAUGGCAACAACUCCCCAGAUGAUGUCUUCCAGGAGGUUCGCAAUUGUCUCCAGGCAGCAGAAGCUGAUUGCUGACUAGUGAGCUGGCAAAAAUGCUGUGAAUCUCUGGUCGGUUUUCCUUUGGUUCGUGGCUGAUCUGAGUUGUUGGUUGCAAUUGCUGUUCACAUGCAUCCUGGUGCGCAUGCUGUCC